AUGGUCAUACUUCAUCAAAACGGAACAAAGUUAGAGAGUAAUCUCAGUGGAACUAAUCAUUUAAUAAAUCCUGUAGUAAAUCAAAAGCUUUCAGACCAAAGGAAUAAAACAACAGACACGAGUAAAUCAACUCAGCCGUUCAAUCCAAAUAUUACUCAGAGUGGUGAAAAAAGAAUAAGAACUUUAUUAGCUUGUCAAGAAUGUAAGAAAAGAAAAGUGAAAUGUAAUGGAACUUACCCUUGCGAUAAUUGUGUAAGAUCUAAGAGACCUAGGGUCUGUUUAUAUUCUGAAAGGCCACCUAAGAAGAAACAAAAACUUGAUAAGUCCAAAAAGCAAUCCAAAAAGGGUAAAUCAGAGAACAAUGAAAAAGAUGAGAAGGAAAAAGAGCUGGUGAACAAAGAAGAGGCACAAACAAUUCCACAUGUUGACCAAGCUGCACCAAUUGAAUCGGAGACUACAACCCAUAUAACGCCCAAGAAAAACGAAGACUCAUCUGAGAUAAAUGUCUUGGAUAAAAGAAUGCAGAAACUAGAAAAAGUUAUGGAGAAAAUGACAAAAACUAUGGAAUUGCUAGCUAGUCAAGCAAAUCCUUCAGCAGAAUUGAACUCUGAAAAAAGUUCAGAAACAAAUUCAGAGGCAACUGAAGACUCAAAUUUAACGUCAAGUGUUAGCAGCAAACUUCGACCACGCCGUCAAAACAUAACUAAUAAUACAUACUCAAUGAAUCCAGUUGAACUUAAAAGUGGCCAUCAAUAUACUGGGUCUCAUUCAAUAUUGAUCAUAUUUUCAAAGCAAUCUUUAGAUUGGAUGGAACAGACAUUAAGUGAAGAUGGACCAGAAUAUAUUAGACCACUUAGAAAUUUACCAAUUUUUUUACUUUCAAAAAUGAGACAUUUUAUGACUAAAUGGGUAGAUCCACCGCUAGUUGAUGCUCACGCUAGAAAAAGGUUAUUAGAAUCCCCUUUUCCUCGUGAUUCAAAAUUGAUUUUUGAAUUAGUUGACAUUUAUUUUUCAGAACUUAACACCAUUAGUAUUUUGGUAGACGUGGCUCAUAUUAAAAGUUUAUUUAAAUCAUAUUAUAAUAAACCUUCAAAUCUUCAAAAGAAAAAAAGAUUCACUUUAUCUGAAUUAUUAAUUAUGACUAGCGUUUUAUUGAUCGGAUUAACUUAUAAAUUGGAUUCAGGUGGUACUAAAGAAAUGAAAACUAAAUUAUCUAAGUUAUUGGACUCCUUAACCAACAAUGCUAUAUAUUACUAUCAAAGACUAUGUGUUGUAAGUGAAGGCAUUGAAACAGUAGAAGCUAUACUAUUAUUUAUUAUCUAUCUUGAAUUUAGUUGGAUCACAAGUCAUUUAAAUUACAUUCCCAUUUCGGUUGCAAUUAGAUAUGCUCAAGAGUUAGGUUUACAUCGUUCUGAUUCAUUUGCACAUUUAAAUUUUAAAGAACAAGAAAGAAGACGUCGAGUGUGGUGGUUUUGUUACUAUUUUGAUACAGAAAUUUGUUUUAGAGGAGGAAAACCCCCAACUAUUAAUACGAAUGACGUUACAACUAAUAGUGAUCAAGAUAUGUUGGAAUUUUGUUUGUCCACAGCGAAUGCAUUUUCAGUGGUACCAUCGGAAAGUGAUAAUCCAAAACGUAAACUUUGUUUAAGUGCUGCUGAUGAAGCGAUUUUGGGCGAUACAACUCAGCCAUUAAGAUAUAGAUUAUUGAGAAAUUUAAAGACCAUGGAAAAUGAAGAAUCUCUUAAUGUAUCUUAUUAUCAUUAUUUUUCAUUAUUAUUAGCUAGAAUUAAGUCAGAUUCUUAUCAUUCAUUAUUCGAGGCUACUGCUCAAGCAAAAGAUUUUGAAGUUUUAGCAACAACAUUGGAGAGUUUGAAUGCAGAAAUGUUGGAAUUAGCUAGAUGGUCUGAAGAAGAUGAAAGACCUCGCUUCUAUCAUGACACAAAUUUCAAAUUUGCUUGCGAUGAGUGGUCGAAGGGAAGAAAAGAAAAUGUUUUAGCAUUACAGUUGACAUAUUUUUCACAUUUAAUGAUUAUCAAUAGAUUCCCUUUUAUUCUCAAAACAAAAUCUUUAGAAAUUGAUGAUAGGCUUUUGAAGUUUAGAAAUAUUGCAUUAGAUUCUGCUAGAACAAUUUUGGUUUUAAUAAAACAAUUAAACAAAUCAAAUACCACCGUAACUUUUUAUAAUUGGUUGUCGUAUUUACCAGUUUCUGCUUUCAUGAUUUUAUGUGGUGCUUGUUUGAAUCAUCCAUCCGCUCCAGAAGUACCAAGCGAUAUUAGAUUGUUAAUAGAAUCUUCAUUAGGAUUCUUUGAUAUUAAAGGGUUAUCAACUGAGGUCAAUACAAUCAAAGCUAUAUUGGGUCAAGGUGAAGAAGAUAUAUCAACUCAAAUUUUUAUAAAAUUGAUGUUGAGAAUUGUUAUUAAAAAUUAUGAAAAUAGCUCAAGAAUUACUGAUUUUUCAGAUGAUAAAGCAUUACAAGAUCAUUUGAAUAGUUUGCAAACUAAAUUUCCAGAGUUAUUUACAAAAUAUGACAACUUCAAUGAAGGUAUUAUUGGUGCAUCACUUUUUGAUGAUAGUAGUUAUAAACCAUUUGGGUAUGAUCUGACAAGUGGAAGAAGUUCUUCAAGCAAUAGAGUAAGUCCAUAUGUAAAUUCACCAAGAUAUAAUCCAUCAGUCUCAAAUAUAAUGCAUCCAGAUCGAAAUGGUCAACAACAAUACUCACUUAACACUUCACCUUCCUCAGAUCAAAGCAAUCAAUCAAUGUAUCAGACUUUACCUCCAUUACAACAACAACAGUAUCAACCUGGUCAACAAAAAUCACCUCAAAUGGCCCAUCCUUCAUAUAAUCAGUUCACUCCGGGCCAAUUAGGUCAAGAUCAAUUGUUUUUUCAACCUAAUGGAAGUAAUGUGAGAUCAAACAGUAAUAUCAAUAAUGUCAAUAACACUCCAAAUCAAAACUUGAACUCUGAUACUAAUGAUAAUUUUAAUGAUACGAACCGUGGAACCAAUUUAGCUCCCUCACCAACCCAAUUUUUUGAUAACUAUGAUUUAUUAACUCAAACUUAUAAUGAUGAUGGAGUUUCAAAUAUAAUUUUGAAUCAAAUGAAUAGUAUGCCCAAUUUCUUUUUUGAUAAUAAUUUGGGAAUUUGA